CGCUUCCUCGACAGGGUUUAGUCAACCCGGUGCACAGCGAGACUGCACACACCUCGCGCCACGCUGUCUCGCGUACUUCGAUUCGCGCGCAUUCGUCCAACACUUAUUCGCAAUCCCUCCGUGAUGACAUCGUCCCGAUGAUGUGUCAGCGUCCGGUAACUAUCGAAUCCCCACGAGACACGAAAGCAACGUUGAAAUCUCACGUCGCAUCGAAGCCGUCACUCUUGUAAUACGCAUUUAUACCUUGCAUCGAGUUGAUAAAAUACGCAACAACAAUCAUCCCUGCAAAUAUCUCAAGAAAUGCACCGACGAAGGAUUUUGGCUAUUCAUUGCUUUGUGCGUAUAUAUUGUUAAAAGAAAUGAAGAAGAUAAAUGCAACAACGAUUGCAAAUAGGUGAUUACAUAUACGAUAACAGAAAGUUGCAUAACAACCGCACAAGCGACAGGAAUUCCUUAAUCACAUCAAGUACUCAUGUAUCUUCCGUUCUACUAUACACGAGGGAUAAGUCCAUCCCUAAGGACUUAUCCCCAACCUGAUGUUUAGGGGUCGUGCUGGAAAAUUGCAUUUUUGAGGACAAAAUUAUAUGAACAUGGAAAACGCAUCAAAGACGGCUCUUCUCACUUUGCGGUCUGCGCAAGGAGGAAAUGCGGCAUCCACGAGGUUGCCCCGCGCUCCUGACAGUGCUAGCGCGACCGCAAUGAGACUGACACGCUCGUGACGUAAAUAUACGAGAUAUUCUAACGAACUGUGAUCAACUAUAUUUUCUUGACCGUUGGACUUGUCCUUUGGAACAAAUAAGUUUUGAAUAAAUCGCACUGAUCCAAAUAUUAUUCCCGAUGCUGCGUCAGUGAAGGGAUGCUCUUCAUCUGAUGAACACGUGGUUGACAGAUUCGGGGGAAAAUCCUGUCACCGAAAUAUUUCUCUAGAAUCAUUCUUUCGAGGGCAGUGGCGAUGGGAGAAGGUGCAACGAAGGACUGGAACAUCGCCAGAACCGGCAUUUCCCUUCUGCUGAACAACAAAACCGAAGAAGCUGAAGCUUUGUUUACCGGUCAUCCUCAUAGCUUCCACAUCAAAGCUGGCCGCUGCUUUGUUCUCUUCAUGAACGCCUUGAUGACUUUCGAAGACGACAAGCUUCAACAAGCCAUGCUAUUGCUUAAAGAUAUGGAACGAGAAUGUGCGGGCGAUAUAGGGUGGUUGAAGUCAGUAAAGAGUAAAGUGUUUAGAGCAGAAGAGACUGACAAGGACUACGUGAAUAAAUUAGAACGCCAAAUCGUUCUAGCGGAUUCGCAAGUGUGCUCGGCUAUAUUGACGCUCCUUCAACAAGAACUAACUGGAUAUAUGCGCGGUGGUUGGAUGCUUCGCAAGGCUUGGCGAGUUUAUCAGCAUGCGUAUACUCAAAUUUCGCAAUUGUAUCGUCGCACCUUCGGCACAAACCCGACCGGUAUCAGCCCGUGUUGCGGCACUCCCAUGAGCAACGGAUCCUCGAUGCAGAGCCCGCAAAGUCCGGGAUCCUCCGAAUGGUCGAUACCAUCCUGCAACGGUUACGCGAACAACGUGACACCCAUUUCCUCGCCAUCAGGUCUGCGAAGCUCUCUAUCAAUGUUCUUCUCGCUCACUGGCAUCACGUCCGAACAACAGACACCCUUCGUGGAGCCCACCGAGGUGACGCGCCUGAUGUCAGCUGCGAGUUUCGGCUACGGUAUAUACCAGUUGUGCGUGAGCCUCUUACCACCAUCGUUGCUGAAACUGAUCCAUUUCUUGGGCUUCGAGGGCGACAGGCAGGCUGGUCUCACCGCGCUGAUGUACGCGCGACUCAGCGAGGAUAUGCGCGCACCGCUCGCCACAUUAUCGCUGCUUUGGUACCACACGAUUGUACGCCCGUUCUUCGCACUCGAUGGCUCGAACGUGAAAGCGGGCGUCGCGGUAGCGAAGCAGCUGAUAGCUGAGUGCCACACCGAGUUCCAUGAUUCAGCCCUUUUCCUCUUCUUCGCCGGCAGAGUGGAACGUCUAGAGUCAAAUGUCGAUGCAGCGCUUGAAGCGUACGGCAAAGCCGUGGAGGCUUCGACUCAACGGGAAAUCAAGUUGCUGUGUCUGCACGAGGUUGCUUGGUGCCAUCUGAUACGCUUGAGCUACGAGGAAGCAUAUCGAUCCUUGCUGCAGUUGCAGCAUCAGUCCAGAUGGUCCAAGAGCUUCUACGCAUACUUAGCCAUGGUUUGUUGCGGCGCAAACGGCAAGUUCGACAUACUCCUGACGACAUAUAACAAAAUCCUCCAUUGGUUUAAUGAGAUGAACAGAGAAACGCAACUCGGCGCCUUCAUCCUGCGCAGAGUACCAAAACUCAUUGACAAGGACACCGGGCGUCCUUAUACGGUCUUGUAUUACAGACUGCUCGUAUACGAAUUAUUGUACUUGUGGAACGCUAUGCCGUCCUGUUCCGCUGAAACGUUACACGGAAUAUUAUUGGAAUGUACGGGAAAUCGUUCCGAGGAACCGAUGGUAGGUUUGGUAGAUCUCGUGGAAGGCGCAGCAUAUUUUUACCUGGGAGAUGUCGAAGCGGCUAUCAAGAGUUAUAGGAGUUGUCUGAAACGUAGAUAUCCGUCCAAGGAUGAGUACGAUCAGCAUGUCAGCGCAUUCGCUCUUUACGAACUAGGAAGUAGCCUGUGUAACAAUAACAAUCUCAACGAAGGCAAAGGAUUCUUAUUAAAGGCACAAAAUCAAUAUAGAGAUUAUGACUUUGAAAGCCGGCUCAACGUGCGUAUACAUUCCGCUCUGAGAAAUGUACAGUGACGUCAAGUCGCAAGCGUCCGAUAUUACGUCGUGAUAUCAAAUAGCUUUAACAUCAAAGGAAUAUAUAUUUAAUUUCGACGAGUUUGAUAGAAACGUUAUUCACGUUACGAGCUUGUUACUUCGUUCAAUAUUUGUUUCGACGAUGAUAAAGAUCCAUGAAGAAUGAUGAAGAUAUAACUCUGCAAAAGGAUAUAAUUGAAUUUGAUUUUAUGAUUUUAUAAUGUUCUUACUCGUAUUUUUUUGGUAUCAUAUACGAUGUUAUAUAAAUAUCAAUAUAAACAUAAUGCUACAUUAUAAUUCUGGAAAUUAAGGAAAAUUUAUAAGGUAUAUUUAUAAAGAAGAAAGCAAUUAUGGAAUUUGUCACACGUAUUUAAUGCGGCGGACUUUAUUUACGAGAAAAUAUACUAAGCUCUUCAGUAGAACGUAAUGAUUCGCAACGGAACGAAUCACGAGUGUUCCUUCGCUCUAGAAAAAUGUGUACAAGCGAGAGAACUGAAUUGUACCUUAUUGAACGACCGUAAAUAUAUAAGAUAUUUGCUUGUAAUCAUGUAUAUACAUUUUAGAAUUGUCUACAUUCUACCUGUACAUAUGUACACCCGCGAGUGACGUGAAACUAAUGUAAGAAAAUACAUUUGAACGUUUCAUC